GAAGCUGCAGACUUUACAUCUAGAAAACAAAGAAUAUUGGCAGUUUUAUAAUCAGUUUAUUAGAUAUGUCUACAAAAGAAGAAAAUCCUGGUUUGGAGGCCGAAGAAUCUCUCUUGUAUUCGGCUAGGCAUGGAGAAUUGUCUGUAGUAAAAGCUCUUUUAGAAGCUAACAAGGAAGGAAAAUUAAGAUUGGACAUAAACUGUAAAGGUAAAAGCAAAACCAAUUUAGGAUGGACCCCUCUUCACUUAGCUACAUAUUUUGGUCAUACGGAUGUAGUGGAGGUACUGCUGGAUGCUGGAGUAGACGUAGAUGAGGUCAACGACACUGGUGACACUGCUUUGCACAAGGCAUCGUUUAUUGGGAACGAGGAGUUAGUGAUUCUACUCCUGAAUUACAAGGCAGAUGUAAAUAUAAUGAAUGGGGAAGGUCGGACGGCCGCAGAUGUGUGCAAAACCCAGGAUGUACAGAGAUUGCUGGAGGCAGCUGGCCUUGCAGAGAGGAGAGACAGGGAGAGGAAACUAUUGACAGCUGCCAGAGAGGGACGGAUUGAAGAAGUACAAGAGUUGCUAAGCGGAUCGAGCCCCCCGAACAUAAACUGCGCGGACGCGCAGGGCAACACGUGCCUGCACUGCGCCGCCUACCGCGGCCACGCGCGCGUCGCCGUGCUGCUGCUGCAGAACGGCGUCGACACCACGCUCAAGAACAACAACGGUCAGCUGGCGAUCGACCUGGCGCGCGACGGCGACAUGCGCGAGGUGCUGAGCGUGCGGCCCGUGCAGCGCCUGCAGCGCACGGCGGCGCGCUUCGAGGGCCCGCUGCUCAAGCGCUCGCGCUUCCUCGGCUGGCGCCCCAUGUGGGCCGUCCUCCAGCGUGGCGUGCUGCUCUACUACGGCUCAAGAGCGGAAGCGGCUCGAGAGGGCGGUCGCUGGCGGGACCGCAAGUACUUGGACGGGGCGAAGUUCACAGCGCCUGACACCGAACCCGCACUCAUUGUGAUCGCCUACAGCGACGGAGACAACCAUCGCCUUGCUGUACCGCAGGGAGGCAACGUCUCCGCUUGUAGACAGUCAUGGGUAACGGCACUAAAGGAACACAUCGCGUAUUCCGGACACUACCUGUGGGCCGGCGCCGGACCCGACACCGCUAAAGAGGCCACGGAGGACUUGGAGGACGAGUGCAAGCCGCUGGGCUCGAUGCAGGACGCGCUGACGACGGCCACCAACAGCCUGGCGCUGCUCGACACGCAGCUGCGCGAGUGCGGCGCCAUCGUGGCCGCGCUCGACCGCAGCGUCACCGUCGGCAACUCGCUGCACCACUCCGCCUGCAUGCGCUUCCAGCACGCGUGCGGCUCGGGGCAGACGGCGCUGGCGGCGCUGCGGCACUGCGCCGCGCUCGUGGCGCAGGCGCGCGACCGCGACUCGCACGCGCUCGCCCGCCAGAUAGAGAGGAAUAGAGUGCUGGAGGAGGCGCUGGCGGCGCUCGCACGCACGCACCACGCGCUGGAGAUGUCGGUGGCGGAGGAGCUGACCAAGAGUAAACGAAAGAAAAAGGUCUCCCAGUCGACGAACGACUCAAAAGAAAAUUUCUACGACGUAUACGAUGAUUCCGAUGACGACACCCUGGUUACGGCGGGUCUGUCCAGCCCCCUGGGCGCACUGAGUCCCUGGGGCAGCAGUCCCGACCUCACGAGGAGGACUCCAAUCGGCAGCGUCGACGGGGACGGCGAGAGGACGCCCACGAACGACGACCGGCUGGAGCUGAGCGGGCGCCUGUCGGCGUCGUCCGACUCGGCGCACUCGCUGGGCACGCUGGUGUCGCAGGGCGGACACGUGUACCGCAACGCGCGGCCCUACGCGCGACACGCCCGGCCCAGGACGUCACUACCUGUGGCCCAAUUCAGCCGAGGCGACUUCAACCUCUGGUCGGUCCUGAAGAAUUGCGUGGGGAAAGAGCUGUCCAAAAUCACGAUGCCGGUCGUAUUCAACGAACCUUUAUCGUUCCUGCAGCGGAUGCUGGAGUACCUCGAAUAUGCGCACCUUCUAAGAAUGGCAUCGGAACAGACGGAUCCAGUAGCGAGGAUGGAAUAUAUCGCCGCAUUUGCAGUGAGCGCUUUGGCUUCAAACUGGGAACGUCUGGGCAAGCCAUUCAACCCUCUCCUCGGUGAAACUUACGAACUAGAACGUCCCGAGUUCAGGGCCGUUUGCGAACAGGUAUCGCACCAUCCUCCAGUGUCAGCCUUCCACGCUGACAGUCCUCACUUCGUCUUCCACGGCUCCGUGCACCCAAAACUCAAGUUCUGCGGCAAAAGUGUGGAGAUUCAGCCCAAAGGACAUGUUACCGUCGAAUUGCCGAGAUGGGGUGAGGCAUACACUUGGAGCAACGUGAACUGCUGCGUUCACAAUGUGAUCGUCGGCAAACUUUGGAUCGAACAGUACGGAGCUAUGGAAGUGACCUGUCACGGUGGUGCCGGACUCAAAGCCAACCUCGCGUUCAAACCAGCCGGUUUCAAUAACAGGGACUUGCACAGAGUAGAUGGAUUUAUUAUUGAUCAAAGCAAAAAGCGUCUCCGCUUCCUUUAUGGUAAAUGGACUGAAUACAUAAAGUGCUGCAGCGCGGCUGCACACGAACAAUGGGCGCGCGAGCGCGGCGACGACGCGCAAACUCCUUCGCAUACGCCCAAGAAAGUUCUCGCCAAGCUCAAUAGUUUCAAAGUCGGAGCAUUGAGAUCUAUGUCUAUACAGGAUAACGACGAUGCAGAGAACUCAGAAGAUGUGCCAAAGCCAGACGAUUCGUUUAACAUCGACAUUCCAGGAUCCGUUACGCUUUGGGAAGCGCGACCGAGACCCAGCAGCAGUGCACAGUAUUACCAAUUCACCGAAUUCGCGAUGUCCUUAAACGAGUUGGAACGAGAUAUGAAGGGACAGCUCUGUCCCACGGACAGUCGGCUGCGACCAGACAUUCGGUUGCUGGAGCAAGGAGAUAUAGACGCAGCCGCUACUGAGAAAACCAGACUUGAGGAGAAGCAACGAGCGGCGAGGAAGGUUCUCAAAAAGAACGUCGAUGCUUGGCAACCAAGGUGGUUCAGCCAAGGCACAAACCCGUAUACGAAGCAAGAGGACUGGCUCUACAACGGAGGCUACUGGGAUCGCAAUUACCAACAUCUUAAAGACGUCGAUAUAUUUUAAAUUCUUGUCUUAUCUGUGUAAUCUUCAAUACCAAUGUGUUAUUAAAAUAAAUGUUGUCAUAGAGUCAUUGAUGUUAUCGCGGAAAUUUAAACCAAGAGUGAGGUCACAAAAAGUUCGUUAUUUUAGAUAAUUCAAGAGUAAGCACUGCUAGCUACGUAGCUUAACAAAAAUGUAGUAGUUACAUAUUUUGAAGUUUUAUAAAUAUAAUGUCGGCGGGCGAGGAGAAAGUACAGUAAUUAUGAAUAAGCUAAUUUCAUCCUUUGGCUUCUUCCAGAACGUUCUUUGAAGAAUUUUCACCUUCCUUUUCUCUUCCAUUAUUGUUUUACAAAAAAAAAAUAUAUAGAUUGGCAUUAAUAAUAUAUUUGAUGUUAUAUAUACAGUCUUAGUAGUAUUUUAUGGCUAAUUCAUUAAAAACUCUGGUAAUUUUGCCGUUUAGCUUCCGCUGAAUAUUGAUAUUAUGUAAAACCAAUAAUGAACUUAAAAAUAGAUCGUUUUUUAUAUUUCUAUUUAUUAAACUUAUAGACUCAGGGCAAAUAUUUAAAAAGAUAAAUUGAGAAUAAUAUCAUCAUGUACUUAGGUAGUUUUAUCGUAUCGGUAGGAGCAUAGAUUCAGAAUGAAAAGUUUAAUUAUUUUUACUAACACUUAGCGAAAAGUAUAUUUUUGCUAGCUAAUGUUUUAUUAUUAUUAUUGACUAAAGAAUUCAAUAUUUUUAUUAAUAGAAGUGAAGAUAUAUAUUAGAGACGUAUUUUUUUCUGUGAUAUAGGUAUCUUAAGUUUUUUUAUUCUUUUUUUAUGUUACAGGCACGCGCUUAUGUUCAAAUAAUAUCGUGAGAAGCGUAUAGCUCGAUCGAAACUUUUUGAUACAAAUAUAAAUUAAUUUAUUUUUUCAAAUGAUUCAAACGAAAAUCCUUUUUACAGCACAAAAUGAGUAUUAGCAAUAAAUGUACCUCACAAUUAAUACAAUAUCUUGUACGUAUAUAUUAAAUGUUUUAUUUUGCGUACUUCGAAUUAUAUCCUUGUCUCAAACAUAUAUUGCACAAGACAUUCCGUAGCGAGAAUAUUACGAAGCAGAUUAAUAUUAAGACUUAGUAUAAUGCAUUAUUACACAGUAAAAACUUUUUUUUUUUAAUUAGACAAGGUACGUAUUACAAAGCACAAUAAAUAAAAUUCAUAUAUUUUUUAUCGAUUUCAGACAUAAAGCAUUUUUAAUAUCUAAAUAUAGAUAAGAUUAUCUCCCCUAAAAAAAUCCAACGAGUUUCAUUAAUAAAUACAUGCCCUGUCUAAGGAGCAAGAUCCAUUACAUUAUCAAAUACGAGUGAAAAAAUAUUGUACUGUUCACUCGAAUGAAUUCUAGAGUGUCGCAACUACACAGCAAAAAUGUUUUAUUAUGUCCUGAUUUUAGUCGGAGAGUAAAUAAAUAUUCUAUUUUAAAAAUUUGUAGCCAAAUUUUAGUCAUUCUAUUUAUCAUGAAAGCGUGAGGAUGUACGUAAAUAUUUUUGCAUUAUAAAAUUUUACCAACACGAAUAAAAAUUUAUUCGAAGUUCAAAUAGAAAUUAGAAAAUAGAAUGUGACUUGUAAUUAGAUAUAAUGUUUCAGUGGUUUAUAAUAAGGACUAUGUACACACUUUUAUUUGAAUGUAUGUACUACUUUUAUAUCAAAUUAAUUCGAUGUAUAAAAACGAUAUUUUUUCGCUUACCUUGACUCACAUUAUCAGCUCAAUGACAAAUUUAUUUUUAUAUAAUUCUUUGUCCUAGAAACGGGCAAAGGUAUUAAUCCUAAAUUCCUAAAAUUAUAAAAAACAACAGUUAGUCAAUCGAUUAAAUAAUUUUCUGUAAUCGAUAAUUGAUCAUAAUAUUGUGAUAUGAAUAGGAAGUGUCGUCCUGUUUGUCAGUAUAUACCAUGCGGGACAAUGAUGUUAUUAAAAUAAUUCCUUUGUUAGUUUAUUAAUAUUGUAGAUUUUUAUGUAGUGUAACGCAUUCUCGUAAUUAAUGUUGCUGAUAUCAAAAUCAUUUGGAAAGCUAUAAGAUUUACGAGUAAAAAAACUUCAUUAUAAAAAUAAUAUCCGUGUCUAGGUCGAUAUGAAACUUAUAUGUGUACAUAGGUCUUCGUUCUAGGCUUGUGAAUAUCCUAAUUAUAAUAUGAAAUGUAUACUCAAAAAUAAAUAGGAUGCCAAUUAUAA